UAGAAUAUUUCAACAGUUAAUUCCACUCAAAUUUAAAAAGCGCUCAUAUUGUUGCCGUAGGUCAGCGAUCUCACCUGAUCUUACCGUAGCAAUUGACUUUAUGAAUUCCAUUUUCUGUUAUUGUUUUCCAUUUCAAUUUACUAUUGAACGCUGGAGUUCGGGUUAUUUGGCUAUUUGGGUAGCACGUGCCUCGCCUUAUCGAUGGAUAAUCAAUGCUGAUAAGUUGACCAAAAAUGCGAACCUAAUCAGCUACGAUAAGAUCGGACUAAAGUGUCAAGAACUGAGCUACCAUUGGCUCCAAUUAUUCGGCUAUGGUCAGGUGCUCGGAUUAAACGUGGCAAAAACAAAGCGCGCAAGCCAAAAAUUAAGAAAAUUGGUUCUAGGACUCGAGCGGAUAAAAUGACAGCUGAGUUGAAUAAAGGUCCCAUUUUGGGCAUACGACAUGUGCAGGCAUUGCUUAUUUUUGUAACAAUUACUUCUGUCUACAUUGGACGCCUCAAUGUGGGCGUCUCUGUGGUGGCCAUGACCAAUGCCGAGUCGACAAAUCCCGACUUUCCCGAAUACGACUGGACGGAGGCAGAGAAAUCGUAUAUCUUGUCCAGCUUCUAUUGGGGCUAUAUUAUCACCCAGUUUCUGGGCGGCUAUUUGUGCAAGCUUUUCGGCGUGAAGAGCGUCAUGUUUUGGGCCACGUUCGCGUCGGGCGUGUGCAGUGCCGUCACGCCCCUUUUCAUCGGCUGGGGCGGCUGGGCCACCUAUUGCGGCAUACGUGUGCUGAUGGGCUGUGCCCAGGGCCUGAUCUUUCCCUGCAUUCAUCAGCAUUUGGCACGCUGGUCGCCGCCGGAGGAACGGAAUCGCUUGGGCGCCUUGAGUCACACGGGCAUCGAGUGCGGCAAUGUUAUGUCCAUGUUUGUGAGCGGCAUGAUUGCCAAGGGCCCCAUGGGCUGGCCGGGCAUAUCGUAUAUAUCGGCUGGCGUGGCCUUUGCCAGCUGCGCUCUUUGGUUUGUCCUGGCGGCCAACAAUGCCACCGAAUCACGUUUCAUUGGCGAGGCCGAGAGAAAUUAUAUCGAAUCAUCCUUGAAGCACGGUCAGAAUUAUCAUAAAGCCGUCAUUCCUAUACCCUGGCGCGCUAUUUUCACAUCGCCACCGUUCCUGGCGCUGAUAGUGGCCCGUUGCGCUGAGUCGUGGGGCCUGAGCACGCUGCAGGCCGAGAUUCCCGCCUACAUGAACGGCGUGCUGCAAAUGGAUAUCAAGGACAAUGCGCUAUUCUCGGCCUUGCCCUUCCUGGCCAUGUGGAUCAUGUCGUAUGUGUAUCUGGUCCUUGCCGAUAUCCUGCUCACGGGCAAAUGGCUCUCGCUGACAGCCAUACGCAAGACCUUCAACUCGAUGGCCUUCUGGCUGCCAGCUGCUACACUCAUUGGCAUUGGCUUCCUCGACGUGGACCAGAAGACACUGGCCAUUGUCCUGAUGACACUCAGCGUGGGCUUCAAUAGUGGCUCCACAAUUGGCAGCUCUCUCAACUCCAUCGAUCUGUCGCCCAAUCAUGCCAGCAUCAUCAUGGGCAUUGUGAAUACAGCGGCCAAUGUGGUGCCCAUUGUGACGCCACUUGCUGUGGGCAUGAUUGUCAGCAAUAAUGGCGAUCGCAAUCAGUGGCAAGUUGUGUUCAUUAUCUCCUCUGUGAUCUUCUUUGUGGGCAAUUGCAUUUACCUGGCCUUUGGCACGGCUGUCUCGCAGCCCUGGGAUGCCGAAGAUUUUCUGCAGCAGAGGCCGCUUGCCGAACUGGCCCUGCCCGCCGCCCUGCCUGAGAAAGCCGACUCGAAAAAGUCAAUUAGUUAAUUGAACGCGAAGCUAAUCAAGUAUUAUCUAUCCAACUAAUCGUAUCUAAUGUCAAAAACACAAUUUCGUAAAACUCAAAGCUGUAAAGUACAGAAAUUAUGUUAGAUAUACUCAACAGUUGCCAUGUUAUUAACAGCAUUUCGUUAUGUUAAUGAAAAUGUUAGGCAUUAUCAAUAAAUGUUAUCGUAAGACACUGAGAGAAAACUGAGCGCUAAAA